AUGGGUGUUCCGAAGUUCUUCCGCUGGCUGAGCGAGCGGUAUCCUGCAAUCUCGAUGCUGAUUGCCGAGAGCCGAAUCCCCGAAUUCGAUAGCUUAUACCUCGACAUGAAUGGCAUCAUUCACAACUGCACGCACAAAGACAGCGACUCGCCGACGUUUCGUAUGACUGAAGAGCAAAUGUUCAUUGCGAUAUUCAAUUACAUUGAGCAUUUGUUUGGGAAGAUCAAACCAAAGCAACUGUUCUUCAUGGCUGUAGAUGGAGUCGCGCCACGAGCAAAGAUGAACCAACAACGUGCACGUCGCUUCCGAACAGCCUUUGAUGCAGAGGUGGCAAAGGAUAAGGCUAUUCAACAAGGCUUGGAGAUGCCCAAGGAAGACGCUUUCGACAGCAACUGCAUCACGCCAGGCACCGAAUUCAUGGAGAAGUUAACGCAACAAUUGAAGUAUUUUAUCAACAAGAAGAUCUCGGAGGAUUCCGAUUGGCAGGGCGUUGAUAUUGUGCUUUCAGGCCAUGAAGUUCCGGGUGAGGGAGAGCAUAAGAUCAUGGAGUAUAUUCGGCGCGCGAAAGCGCAGCCUGGCUACCAUCCGAAUGUCCGCCAUUGUCUCUAUGGUCUCGACGCUGAUCUGAUCAUGCUGGGUCUCCUGAGCCACGAUCCUCACUUCUGUCUUCUCCGUGAGGAAGUGACCUUUGGUCGGCAAGUCUCUAAGAAGCCCAAAGAACUUGAGCACCAGAACUUCUAUCUCCUACAUCUCAGCAUGGUUCGCGAAUACUUGGAGCUAGAGUUCCAAGAAUUAGAGGAGGAAGGCGCGCUCAAUUUCCCUUUUGACAUGGAGCGUGUCAUUGAUGAUUUUAUUCUCAUGGCAUUUUUCGUUGGCAACGACUUUUUGCCUAAUUUGCCCAACUUGCACAUCAACGAAGGUGCGCUGGCGCUCAUGUUCAAAAUUUACAAGGACGUAUUACGAAAGAUGGGCGGAUACAUCAACGAGGAAGGUGUGAUCAACCUGGAACGCCUGGGCGUUCUGGUUGAGGCUCUGAGUGAGGUCGAGCAUCGUUUCUUCCAAGUCGAAUAUGCGGAUGAGCAGUGGAUUAAGGCAAGGCAGAAUGGGGGACUGGGGUCCUUUGAGGUGAAGACGAAACCUAAGGAGUCAACCAUUACCACAAGCCAAAAAGAUCUCCUCAAAACGGUGAAGAAAUACGUUUUGAAUAGACCAGGAAAGACCAUCGAGCCCAAGCCGCUAGAUUUUCCGUCCACGCUACCAGCUCGGGAUCGCGCCUUCCUGGAGACACUCGCCGAUGAGCUACGCGUCCAAUGGUCGACCGUGGACAACGAGGAUGGUGAUCGCUUCAUGCGGCUCCAACUUCCACAGGUACAUACCAAUGGCGACGACGACGACGACGAUGAUGAUGAGGAGGCGUCGAUGGCCGUGCAGCGUAUAAUACGCAAGUACGAACGGGCUAAGGUCCAGGACAUGACUGCAGAGGAGGCCCAGCAAGCCGCCGAGAAGAAGUAUGACGCGAAAUUCCAGGAAUGGAAAGACAAGUACUACCGAUCGAAAUUUGGCUGGGGGCUCGAUAACGAGGAGGAAAUGAAGAAAUUGACUGAGAAUUACGUUCAAGGCCUUCAAUGGGUCCUGUUUUACUACUAUCGUGGUAUCGCCUCGUGGCCGUGGUUCUUCAAGUAUCACUAUGCCCCUAUGAUCUCAGAUGUGAAGAAGGGCCUGGGUGCCGAUAUGAAUUUCCGACUCGGACAGCCUUUCAGACCUUACGAGCAGCUUAUGGGUGUUUUGCCCGACCGCAGUAAGAAGAUUGUGCCAACUGCGUAUUGGGACUUGAUGACAUCUCCUGAUUCGCCCAUCAUUGAUUUCUAUCCUCGCGAUUUUGAUCUGGACAUGAACGGAAAGAAAAUGGAGUGGGAAGCCGUUGUUAAAAUUCCUUUCAUUGACGAAACACGGCUUCUGAAUGCUCUCAAAACUAAAGAGCAGCUUUUGAGUCCUCAAGAAAAGGCGCGCAACAGUUUCGGUGUUAGUCUGAAGUUCACAUAUUCCCCUGAUGUCAACUUUGUCUACCCCUCCUCCAUGCCGGGUGUGUUCCCUGACCUUCCCAACUGUCACUGCGUCGAAAACAUUUUCGACCUUCCUACCAUGGAAGGACUGGAACCCUACAAUGGCCUGAUGGAAGGUGUCCACUUGGGCGAAGCCGCCCUGGCCGGAUUCCCCAGUAUUAAGACCUUGCCUCAUGUUGGACAGCUGGGCUUCCACGGUGUCACUGUGUUCCAGCAAGAGAGUCGAAACGAAAGCCAAGUCAUCACACUUCUUGAUCCUGGCAGUCGAUCAAGUAUUGAACUCGCCAAGCAAAAGCUCGGAAAGCGAGUCCAUGUUGGCUAUCCUUACUUGCAAGAGGCGCUUGUGGUUCGCGUUUCUGACGAGCUGUUUGACUACAUCCUCCCUCCUGGUGAGCAGCAUGUAGUUCAAAUCCCUCACACACCCCAGCAAAUUGAGCAAUUCAAGAAGAAGGCGGACAGAAUCGAAGGCCACUACAGCAAGCGACUCGGGAUGAUUAUUGGGACUGUCGAAUCUAUGGUCCAUAUUCAGCCUCUGAAGGGCAUGGUCAAGACUGAUGAUGGCGCUGUCGUCAAGGACUUCGCCGACAUUCCUGGUCAAGAGACCGACUUCUCACUCCAAACUGUUGUUGAUGACGUCGUCAAUCCAGACGAACGCUUCAUCGAAAAGGAAGCCGUUCCUAUUGAGGAAGAAUUCCCAGAAGGCUCUCGCGCAUUUUUCCUGGGUGACUUCAAUUACGGACGCCCCGUUCACAUCACAGGGCACUCCAGCGGCAAGCUGAACGGAUUCAUUGCAGCUUUGAAAGAUCGCGAACCUGAGUUUGGAAAGGCUCGUGUGCGAGAGUCUGAACAACAUUGCCCUUACAUGCCUUCCUACGCCAUUGCCCGCAGUCUCAACCUCAAUCCCCUGGUGUUGGCCAAGAUUACAUCUUCAUUCACGGUUGACGUGGACGGAAGUAGGGUGAACCUUGGCCUGAACCUGAAGUUCGAAGCCCGCAAGCAAAAGGUUCUGGGCUACUCCCGCCGUGGACAGACUGGAUGGGAGUUCAGUCAAAAAGCGGUGGAUUUGCUGCACCAGUACAUGAUCAAUUUCCCUGAGUUCAUUGCUGGUAUUCAGCGAAAUCCUCAAAAGGAUCGUUACGCGCCCACUGAUUUCUAUCCAGAGGACAUCGCCAUUGCGAAGAUGAAAGAAAUCCGCGAAUGGUUAAAAUCCCUGGAAAGCCGGAACUUCGAGAAGGUUCCCCUUGAUGCCGAGCAACUAGAUUCGGACAUUGUUCAAAUGAUUGAGCAAGACGCAGACAAGCUUGGCGUCCCCGAGAUCCAGGCGAAAAAGGUCCGAGGUGUGCCCCGUGGGGCGCUCCUUCGUCCUGCCGACGUUGAACAUCGAUUGGGCAAUCAGACUUUCAAACUUGGUGACCGUGUUGUCUACUGCCAGGAUUCUGGCAAAGUCCCUAUCGCCACUCGUGGUACAGUCGUUGGACUUACGAGAACCAGCCGCGCUCUGUUGCUUGAUGUUCUCUUUGAUGUGUCCUUCAUGAGUGGUACCACCCUUGGUGGUCGCUGUUCACCUUUCCGUGGUCAGACUGUGCUCGCAUCGUCUGUUCUCAAUCUCUCCUACCGACAGCUCAUUGCCACUUCUCGCGCGGCAAGUAGCCAACAACCAACCAAACAAUCACUUCCUCUGACUGUUAGUGGCUACGGUGCGCCCUUGGGUCCGAACGGGCAAGGUCAGCUGAGAAAUGCGCCUGCUCCUCCGCCACUGCGCGGCUCGUUCAAGGGUGCGGUAUCUGGCCAGGGCUCCCACCGAGGUGGCCAUGUUGCCAUGAAUAACGGUCAGCCCAUGGCCCUUCCUCACCGGCCGCAUCCCGGAAAUGGGACUCCACGAGGCCCUCGCGGACAUGGCAACCGUGGUGCUCGGGGCGGAUUUAAAGGGGGAUACGCUACUGUUGACAAUAGUGACCCCAGCGAAGGGAUUGUCCAGCAUAAUCCCGAUUUCCGCCCGAAGAACAUGUCUUCUGUCCCUCCCCCACAGGGACUUGACCAGGGACGGGGUCGCGGACGAGGCCGCGGGCGUGGUAAUGGGCCCCGGGGCCGUGGACGUGGUGGACGCGGCGGUGCACCGGCAGUUUCCGGAUCGACCGCCGCUUGUUCUGCGAGUUUGGCGCGCAUCAUGACCGGGCGUGCUCGCGCCUCUACCGUCUCGCUUUCAAUUGUUGCGACGACCUGCUUCGUUGGCCCAAAAGACCUCUGGGAGACACGACUGUAA